GGUAGGUAGAAGACCUUCGCAUAAAGGUGCCUGUGCGCCUGUUCAAAAUGUCAGACUGCUCACUGCUGGCACCAGUACUGCUGAGUGCAGUGCUCAAAUGCGAGGACGAUCACUUCGUCUGUUCCAACUUCAAGUUCAAUGCGCUCGUCGCCUGAGAGGUAUUUAGCCUGGCUUCGCGCCCCAUCUCCGCAUUACCUAGUUCUUCUCCGCGAAAGAGUAUUUUGUUGCUCUGUCCACUAUGGCUUCCAAGCUCCAGAUCGCUGCCCUCCUGGCCCUCUGCCUGGUGUCUGCUGUUGCUGCCAGGGACAGCAUCUUCGUCGAGUCCGAGGCCGCUCACACCGAGCCUGUUGCCACAUAUAAUGAGCAGCUGCACAAGUUUGAGUUUUUCAACAAAACCGUGGAGGCGCCCCGCAGGAAGGCGAUGGGCCUCGGCGACAGCAUACCCGUCACUGUCACUUUCUACAAUUCGCCCGGCAUGGACUGCACGACUGGAAACGGGCAGUGCGGAUACGGUAAUGACGUUGGUGGCACUGCAUACGGUGGCGGCGGCCCCUUCGUUGAGACCUCUCUCUACCCCUAUCACGCUGCCUCUGGCAACUACGGCUUCAUGGGUGGCUGCGGCGCAUGUGGCGUGCUGACCUACAAUGGCAAGGCCCGCGGCUUUGUCAUCACUGACAUCACCGACGACGACUCUCAGCAGGGCAGGAAUCAUCACCUUGACCUGUGCCUGCCUUCCUUCAACUAUUUCACUGACGGCCGGGCAGGGGAUGGCGGUCACGGAGGCAUCUUCUCUGGGACCUGGACCAGGGUGGACUGCGGUUGCAUGGGCGCACCCAACUACCCCGACAACGCCAUUGUUGUCCGCACCCAGGAGUACAACGAGUGGGCCAAGGCAGUCGUCAUCUCCCGCAUGGGAGGUGUUGGCGAGAUUGCUGGGGUCAAUUUCAUAACUCGCAACGGUGGCUUUGUCAGAGGUGCCAGAGUCGAAGGCUGGGGUACCUGGUGGAUGCCCACUGAAAGCAUCAGCGGCAAAGGCGGCGUCGACCUGCAGAUCACCCUCACUGAUGGCAACACCCUGACCACCACUGGCUAUCCCCUCCCUGACGCGAGAGUGUGGAGGACGGGCAACAUCUACAACGUGUUCAACAACCUCCCGAAAACCUGCUAACCGGAAAAUGGCCCAUCCCUGCAGUCGUGGGGGCAGCCUUGUGCGCAUUUGUGCAUUCUCUAAUGGAGAUCCUCCAGCAGGAAUUUAGUUAGGGCUUGAGGGUUGUGUAGACUAGCUUAUUCUUUGUGUGUUGCCCGUUCCAGCCUGUGUUAUCCACGGCUGUCAAGGGUGCAAAAACAUGGGCAGCAGCAGGGCAGGUGAAUGCUUAAGCAGCCAGUACAGCGCCCGUCUCAAACAGUGAGGUAGCACCACUUCCCCUCUGCAGCUGCGGAGGUCGGCACAAGUGGAUAGGUAUACUGCCGCAGAUUGAGUGACCAGUCGGUCGACCUCGUUAGGCAACAGCUUGCCUAAUUGUAGUUUAAAUUAUGCAGCCUGCCAGAGUCUGUAGCAGGCUAGAUUCCAAAAGUGAGUUGACACUCGUAUUUGUAGACUUCGAAGAAUGCACGAAUCCAUUGUGGUCUAAACAUCAAGGACUAACAGAGUAACAGCCAGGUCCCUUGAAUAAGCCCUCAAAUUGUAGUGUGGAGAGACGAGGCUUCCAGAAAGGUGAUUCGUUAGACAGCCAGGAGAGAGACAGAAGUUUCAUCCUUACGCUGAAACAAACAUCUUGAGACGUGGAGCUUAUAUUGAACAUGAUGCAGCCGCAUCAGCAUUCGCUUCAUUAAGCGGAAAUUGUCCCAACAUGCCAAACUAUCGUGCAAAAGUCACGACAUCACAACCUAUU